CCACGCUGGCGCUGGAUCGGGAGAGUUCUGAGGCUGGAGAAGAAAAACGUGGAUGAGAAAAAUUCGAUUGGGAGCAGUCGUAGGAGUCGGACGUGUUCGCGGAAAAAUUCGAGUGGCUUGGAAAAAGUAAAAACACGUGGCGGCCCGGAUCCACGCCAACGCUAUCAGUGACACGGGGAAGAUCCGGCAUCGACGCUGCGCUUACGGGGAAAAGACUCUGCAUCGAUACUACACUUACGGAGAGGAGAUCCUGCAUCUACGCUGCACCCACGGGGAAGAGGAGGCUUUCGACGAGUACAAGCGUGGGAGUUCAGGGAAUCGACUGAAGACAUGAAGCGUCUAAGAGACGGAAGGCAAGCUCGGCCCCUAGGGGCAAAUGGUGAUACGACGGGACACCCUAGCGGAGACCAGCAGCCUGAAGUCCCGGCACCUGCCGACGAACCAACGACACACCGGACUCGCGGCUGGAUCGUCGACCCCAAUGGGCCACCCGCCUCCCGUCAAGCCCAGCUGAGGCGGGUCGGAGAGGCGACACUUCGACAACAGGACAGGAUGCCAUGGUGCCGGCGCGCGGCAGCCAUCCAAGGGUGGAUCGACCAACAAACCCAGGGCCCGGGGACCGACGCCGAAGAGGAAGUAGAGCCCGAUGGCCGCUUCGCAACCGCAGGUGUCCGGUCGGCGCCCAAUCACGACGUCGCCGCCCUGAAUCGCCAUUGGUUCGGGAGUUAUGGGGCUGCCAUCGACGACGACAACGCGACCACGGACACCGACGAGCACAAGACGAUAAUACGCGACGCUCAAAGCCUGGCGUCCACGCUGCAGGACGAAGGGAACCGACACCCACUGGCUCGCGGGAACGAAUGGGACUCGCCCCUUUGGGCCGAGUGGAACCUGGCCGGUCAAGGUCGGGCAGCCACCCCUCUAGCAGUACACGACCCGCCGCAGUUGAAUGCGAGCAUCACGCGAAUGAUGCCACCUUACACACACACGUAUAGAACGUAUCUUAUCGGGUUUCCGAUAAAGAACUCUUGUUUCCCUUCCUCUGAAUGCAACUCGAUUUGAACUGUAAUUAUGGGAAAACGUUUCUCUUGUUUCGUGUCGUUUGCAGCCUGACCGCUAUGUGCCCGGCUCCCCCAUUUUUCGCGACAGCAGUCCAGCGCGCCCCGCCACCUCAGCCUCAG